AUGGAUACGGGAAAGAUCUCAGAAUACCUUCCUGAUGCAGCUACCUGUACUUUAUGCAUGAAUGUCUUCCACGACCCAGUGACUUUAACCUGUGGCCAUAACUACUGCCACACUUGCAUCCAGAAGCACUGGGGAGGGGCUCAGAGCAACGUGGUAUGCCCUCAGUGCCAGCAGAGUUUCGAUAACGUGACCCUGACGGCCAACAGGCAACUGGGCAACGUUGCCUGGCUAAUCAGAAAGCUGCAAGAGAAGGGAGUGUUGAAGAAACCCAACAGGGGAGUUUGCGAGGCCCACAAGCAGCUGUUGAUUGUCUUCUGCCAGAAUGACCAGGCUCUCCUCUGCGCCGAGUGUCGGAAGUCCCAGGAUCACACGGACCAUGUCCUUGCUUCUCUGGAAGGGGCAGCCCAAACUGCCAAGAUCAAAAGCAGCACCUGGUCUCCAGUUGCAAUGACAGCUUCUUUCUUCCAGACCGAAGUCCGAGUGUUUCUGGACCUUCUGAAAAUCCAGAAGGCCCACAUCCGAGACAGCUUUUUAGAUGUGAAAAUGGAAAAAGAAAACCUGGAGAAACUUAUGGACCGUGACAAUCAGAAGUUUAGCUCGGGAUAUAAGGAGAUGUAUGAGAUGGUGAAGACGGUUCAGCUGGACCAGAUGAGGGCAGCCAAAUGGAUCAAUGAAGAGAUGGAGCAAGAGCUGGCCAUCCUGGCCAAGAACCACCACGAAGUCCGGGCCUUCGCGAAGGAGCUGGAGAGGAAAUUUGAAGAACCCGCUUAUGAAUUCCUGAAGGAUAUCAAAGAGGUGAUGGCCAGGUGCAAAGAACUUCUGGCUCAGUUUCCCGAAGGAAUCUUCCCUCCCUUCAAAGAGAAAAUGUGGGAUCUCUCCCUCAGAAGUCUUUUUGUGCACAAUACGUUGAAGAGGUGCAAAGAUGCCCUUCCACUGGUGUCCCUGACGGAAAGAGCCGACGUGACCAUGGACCGCCUGACCGCUCAUCCCCACCUGCUGCUGUCCGCCUCCAAGAAGAUCGUGACCCACGACGCCACCCCCAGCGGCCUGCUCCCCGGCCGCCGGGCCUUCGACACCACGCCCUGCAUCCUGGCGGAGAAGGGGUUUGCGGCGGGACGACACUGCUGGCAGGUGGAGGUGACCUCGAGCGGCCAGGGCUGGGCCUUCGGGGUGAUGAAGGACUCGGUUUGCAGGAAGGGGCCGGUGACCAUCUCUGAGGACGAGGGCAUCUGGGCGCUGCUGCCCGAGCACUUGCCCGCCACCGAGCCCAAGUCCGGCACCUGCCGCUUCCGCCUCUACCUGGACUACGAGGGCGGCACCGUCCAUUUCUUCGAUGCGGCAACCCGGGAGCCGGUGGCGCUGCUCUCCUACGCCGUCUUCCUGGGCGAGAGGAUCUUCCCCUUCUUCAAGCUGGAGGAGCCCAACUCCCAGAUGCGCAUCGUGCCCUGAGGAUGGGGGAGAUGGGGGCUGGCCGCCUCAGUCUCUUCUGGAGGGACGAAGGCACUUCGGGUCUCUAACACCCGGGUGGGGCAGGGAGAUUUGGUGUCUGCUUGAAGGGGGACCGUGGCCACAAUUUGGAAAAUGAAAUGAAUAAAGGUGACGACGUUUUUAACCUGGGA